CUCCAACUACGACCGACUCGGGGAUGCUGAAGCGGGCGAGGAUGAUGCUCUGCGGGAUGCCCCGCCGGUGCCUGGGUAUGUCUCUUCUGAACUCAUUCUGUCUAGCCGGCUCAGAGCCGGACGCUCAACAGACUCGUACCGUGACAUAGGGCUACGCGUUCAAUAUAUUCAAUGACACGCCAAGAAAUAACGAAAGGCCUCGCGAACAGAUUCGUACAUUCGCGGGCGUACAUCGUUCUCUACCUUGGCAUGGCAUGCCUGUCCAUGGCCACCGUUGCGUUGAGCCUCGUGAAUGGCUGCCCGACGCUGCCGUUUUAUAUCCUGGAGCUUGUCAUCAACGGUGCCAUGAUCCUGGAAGUCGCCAUACGAUUUGUUGCCUUUGGUCGCCAAUUCUGGACGUCCGUAUGGAAUGUCAUGGACUUGGUAAUCACAGCGUUCUGCGUCAUCACACUUCUAGUCAUCUUCUUUGCUGGAUGCGGCAGCACCAGUAAGGAGGAAGAGCUGUUCGACACCAUCCUUCUCGUAGCUCGUAACGCCAUCCAAUUCGGGAGGCUAGCAAUCGUCAUGCGACAGUCUGGCCACUCCAUAUUCUCCCAACCAAGACCCAUUGACCUCGGAUCGCGCCGAGGAGGGUACACCCUGGACAUUGACAUGGAGGACGAAGAACCACCCUCAGACGAGCUCGGCCGACCGCUGAUCCACAACCCCGUCGUCUUCGACGCAGGCGAGGAGGCGACGCCCACUACUCGAGCACCACUGUCAGAGAUGCCUCGAGCAGUGCAAGCGGCGCGAGAAAGAGAUGAUGAAGACCUCUGGGCUGCGCUAGGCUGAGCGCCGCGUGGGCCUGUGGUCCCGAAUCACGUUUUUCGAUGUCAUGUUAGGCUGUACUAAUCGACUUGCGCUAUCUGCUUCCGUGU